AAAAGAAAUUAAACGGGGACAAUUUUGUCAUUUGGAUCUCGGACGAUCCGAUCGGUAGCCGAGGAUUUAUUCGAGAAAGGGCGGGGAGUCUCUGAAGCGGGAAGUGCAAGCAGGCGCCGAAAUGAGGCCCAACAUCGUCUCCGAGGCAGGGCUAUCGACUCGGUUGAAUCAGUGGUGGGGAGGCAUUCCGUUCAUUACUUCAGGGGUGGUCGUUGUGUGUGGCUUUAUAUACUUGCUGUGCCUGUUGGCAGGGUAUGACUCCUUUGCUGAGAUAUGCUUCUGGCCCAGUAUGGUUAUUUCACGAUUCCAAGUUUACAGGAUCUAUACAUCGAUUCUUUUUCAUGGAUCUUUGUUGCAUGUCAUGUUUAACAUGCUGGCUCUGGUACCUCUUGGCAGUGGGUUAGAAAGAAUCAUGGGAUCUGUUCGUGUAUUAUAUGUGAUCUUUUUGUUGGCCACAACAAAUGCCAUUUUCCACCUUCUUAUUGCAUCAGUGGUAGCCAAUAACCCUAUACACCCUUACCAUUAUCUGAUGGACGAGUGUGCAAUUGGAUUCUCAGGUGUCAUAUUUUCUAUGAUUGUCAUAGAAACAAGUUUAAGCGGAAUUCAAUCAAGAAGUGUGUUUGGACUUUUCAACGUGCCUGCAAAAUGGUAUGCAUGGAUUUUGCUGGUUGUCUUCCAGCUUCUGAUGACAAAUGUUUCGCUACUGGGGCACUUAUGUGGAAUUUUAUCUGGGUUUGCAUAUACUUAUGGAAUGCUUAACUUUCUCCUGCCUGGAUCAUCCUUCUAUUCAAGGAUUGAGGGUUCCUCUGUGCUUUCAUCUUGUGUUAGAAGGCCUGGAUUUAUUGUGGGUGGUGGAGGUAGUCCAACUGCUGCACAACUCCCUACAUAUACAAGCGUGCCUUUGAGUAAUUCUCCUCUUUCUGGAAAUAUGUGGAGAAAUCUCUCCUCGUGGAUGCCACAGAGAUUGUCAUCAGUUUCUGAGCCAGCCCAAGAAAGCAACAGGUUUCCAGGUAGAGGGAGGGUUCUUGGAUCAGCUCACAUUUCUUCCCCUUCUCCCACAGUCUCUUCUGAUUCAGGACUUCAAACCAGACUGCUAGACACUAGUGCAUCAGUUCAUCAAGAUCCACCUCUGAGAACAGGAGCUCGAAUAUCAGAUUCAAGGAAUUCAUCUGUUGAAAGUGCAGCAGCUCACAUUGAAAGGAUAGGCACAACAAACCAGACUCUUAGUAAUUACAGCGAUCAACUCCAGCAACUUGUGGCUAUGGGUUUUGACAAGAGCAAAGCAGAGGUGGCCCUUGCAGCGACAGGGGAUCCAAGUGCAGCCGUUGAACUUUUGACGAACCAGGGGUAAAACCAGGUUCUCCAUAUCUAUCAACAAUCUUUUUAUGACGAUUCACCUCCUCGUGAAAACUGGCGAUUAAUGGAUAUUGAUUGUUCAUAACCCCAUGGCAGAGUCUAUCUCUCAUGUGCAUCCGCGUGCAGCCUACUUCGGAUUGACAAUAUGUAACAAAUUGGACAUUGGUUACGUGCUUUUUCCAUAGAGGAGAUGAGAUUUUGCCUUCGCCUAUAAACACUCGUUAAUGUUAAUUUGAACAUUCAAGGCCUGCUGAAAUGGGACGACCAACCCAUAAAACAGAAAAGGCCGAGGUAAA